CUGCUGGGAGGCUCAGGCGCCCGGGCCUCGGUCCAAUUAGCCACCGGGGCGCGCCCCCGCCCUUCCUCCGCCACUUAAAGCGUGGCGAGCCCUCCGCUGAGCACAUCCUCACGCAAAGCAGAGCGGUCGUAGGAGCAGUGCCUUCCCGGCAGGUUUUUUGUGUUUGUUUGUUUUUUUUUGUUUGUUUGUUUGUUUUUCCUUUUUUUUUUUGUUUGUUUGUUUUUUUUUUUGGGGGGGGGGUGUUUUUUGCCUUUUUUCCCGUCCCUGUGAAUUUGGAGCAGCUUUGCUUUACAUUUGAUCCCCGUCGUUGUUGGUGUAGCUCGCUCUCUCCCGCAGAGCCGCUCCGGCCCGCUUGAGGCUUCCUCAGGUGUUACAGCCCGCGGGGUGCGGAUCCGGGCCGAGCCAGAGGAGCGCGGCGGGGGCAGCACCAUGCCUGCCACCUUCUCCGGGCGCUGCCUGGUGUGCUUGCUGCUGCUCUUCUGCACCAGCUUCUCGGGCGGGAACCCUGCAGAUCCAGCUACGACAACGCAAGAUUCCAAUCAGACUCAGGUGAAUUCUGUAACUAAGAUGCAAGCUGGACAUGACUCAUCUGGUCCUGAUGCUGCCACACAACAGCUCAAGCCAGCAAGCAAGCAGAACACUGAUGUCUCAGAGUAUGAGAUCAUCAUACCUGGUGUGUCUGAAAAAAAUAUCACUUUGGCCAAUCCAACUAAAGUUGAACUUACAUGCAAAUUAGAUGAGAAUUCCAAUUUGAAAAAUCCUCAAGUGACUUGGAAAAGAGGAAGUGAAACAAUCAGUCACACCAGUAAAACUCAGAACAGCUGGACCAUUGAAUUGACCAUCUCUGGGAGCCGUGAGCUGGGAAGUUACACUUGUAUUCUGAAGGCUGAAAAAGAAGUCAGUGCUACGUUUCAUUUGCACGUACCAAAUAUUGAUGGAAGAGAAAAACCCAUAAUCUCUUAUGAAGGAGAUAGAGCUGUAAUGGUUUGUAAAACUGAGUAUAAUCCCAAGGCUUGGACCUGGUAUAUGACCAAUGGAACGGAGCUGGUUCCCAUUGAUAAGGUUUUCCCUAUGGACAAGUUUCAAAUUAAGAUUCCAUCUGUCAGUCUAAACCGUUUGGAGAUAGUCAAGCUCACCAAGGAAGAUUGUGGUGUAUAUUGGUGUGAAGCUGUUUUUGAAUUAGGGCCCAGUAAAUCGAGGUUUGAACUUAGAGUUCUGUCCAUCACAGCACCUCUCAAACCCUUUAUAGCAGUUGUGGCUGAAGUUGCUAUUCUUGUAACUACUAUUGUCCUCUAUGAGGUGUAUUCAAAAAGUAAAGCAAAAGGAGGUGAAAAAGAGUUUGACCAAAUUGAGGAACUAAAGUCAGAAGACAACAUAACUGGGAGACGCAAGUAGUUCUACACAGAGAGGGAAGGUUCCUUUAAAGGAGAUUUAAGGCAAUAGAAGUGGAAAUCAUCACAAAGCUAUAGAAGAUGUAUGCAGCUACUUAAAUAUUCACUAUGUUUUGAAAUAAAGUCCUCUACAUCUGAGAAAUAAGAUGCUUUUAAAAUAGCUCUGAAACUACUCAUUUUAUACAGAUGAUAAUAUGAUAUAUUGUUUAUCUGUAAUAUUUUACUACUAGCAGGAUGUUUUUUAUGUGAUUAGGCUUACUGUUGGUUUAUGAUUGAGCUGUUUGAUUUUUAUCUCCCAAAUUGGAACUAGUGUUAUAUUCACUGAAAAAAUGGUUAAUAUUGAGUGGUCAUAUUAUCUAAGUGUUAUAAAACUGGAUACGUAUGAUCAAAAAAGUAUUUCCACCAAAGAAAAUGCAUUUUACUAGCUGAUGAAGCAAAAGUAAUGCAGCUGUUUCUACCAAAGAAAUGGUGAAAGGGGAAUCUUUAUCAGGACUUAAAUGAAACAUUAAGAGAGUUGUGAUUUAUUCUGAAUAGUAAAUUGUCUUCAUUCUAACUUUUCUUAGCUUAAUUCUUAGUUCAACUAUAUUGUAGAUUGUAGUCCUUAGUAGGCUAAACAUUUAGCUACCAUACAGCUCAGAUAUUUCAGAGUAGAUGAAAGAAGUAUUGGGGAUACGGUACCUUCUCAGACUAAAACUGCAAUAAUUUCUUAUGCUUGAAAAAAUUACUGCACUCUCUGGGGCUGCAAAACCAGUUUGGUUAUUAUAAUUUAUAUGGAGUGCUGAAUUUUCAGGAAUAUACCUAUAUAUGCUUCUGAUCAUACAUACUGUCUAAUUGGUACUUCUGCUUCUUUCAGCAAAUUGUUGUUUCUUCCACUCUGUGCUUUGCAAGGAGUUUAUCUUGAUCAGCUAAAAUUUUCAGGGCAAUAGGAUGAAGCAGCAUUGAACAUCACUACUACUCUUACACAAAAAAUUUAACACUGCUGUUAAUGACUUACAGUAUUGCUUUUGAAGAGUGAGUUGCCAUAAUACUGUUUAGUUACAUCAUGCAUGCAGCAAUUGAAAAUGUUUAGCUAAUAAGAAAACAAUUGGUUUCGUCAUUUGCCUUUGCUUGAAAUAAUUAAAGCUUCAAUUUUGAGAGGAAGAAGUAAAAUCUUCAGAAAAACACCUUUUCUCCAUAAAAAUGUAAGGAAAAAGGCAGCAUUUGCAGACUCCAUAAGAAAGUGAAAAAAGAAAAAUACAUGGAACUUCUUUGUACUGGUCAUUUUUCUUUUGAAUAUAAAGGAAGGUAAAAAUAAAUAGAUAAAACAGAUUGAAUUUCCUUCCUUAAUUUUUUUCGAUUUUAUUGUUCUUAUGGGUUUGAAAAAUACCAGAAAUCCUAGCCUUAGCUGCUUUGUUGGAAAUGGGAGAUAAAAUCCAGUCUGAUGUAUGCUUUUUUUGGUUUCCAUAAUUCAUUUUCCAGUUUGAAGAACUACAAGUUAAGGUCCAAAUAAGACACAAUGAUAAAUAUAUAAAAGCAUUGGGUGAUUGACUGUAAGGAGUGAACACUGAUAAAGGUUCCUCUUGCUUAGAUACUGUAUUUAUUGUACUUUGCCGUGGAGUUUCUAUGCACUAUUAAAACCAGAAUGCAUCUACAGUUUUUUAUAUGAAUUUCUCAUUGAUAUAAUUGAUAUUUUUAUUGUAGGAAGUAAAUGUGGGCAGUUUCAAAACGUUUACUUCUGUAAACAUUUGUAAAUUGACACAUUUCGGAGUUCGUAGUAAUUUGUUUCUUGCAGGCAGUUAAAUAAUAAAAAGGGAAGUCUUACUUAGAAAGCUAAGAAUUACAUUCUGAAUAAAGCAGCAUUAAUAUGUUUUGCAAUGGAAAUGAGGCUAGAUGCUGUCUGGGGAAAAAACCUGCCAGUUAAUCAGAAAUGGUAACAAUCUUUCUGCCUUUACAUAGCAUUCCUACCUGAUCUUGUAGUUGGGCUGAAAAGUCUUGGCUAACAUAGGCAAGUUACACAGACAGAUAGUUUUUGGCAUUAGCAGGGAAUACCUGGAUUAAGCAUGGACUUCAGAAGCAGCACAUCUUAGAUCUUUUAGGACUAUAUUAGCUUGGUCAGAUUGGCUGCUGAAACUAUAGCUUUGCCUUGACCUACUUGCAGCAUGUUCUGCUUCUUUUUCUGAGGGGUUUGGUGUUUAUUUUUAGGUUGGUGAGUAGUUUUUUGUCAUUAUAAGAGGUUUUAUUCUAUGCAUAUUCUCCUAGAUUUAAACCCUUUUGGGCUGCCCUAUGGAGGGGAAUUACAAAUAAUAUUAAAUGGUAACUAUUAAGUAAUUGGCAUAAUUAAUGUUCAACUUCAAAGGCAUAAACUCUGCUUUUCUUGCUCCAAGCACCGCAAGAAGCUCUGGAAAUCUUGAAAUUUAUCUUUUGAGAAGUAUGUGUUGUGUAUGUUCAAAACAUUCCCAUUGCAGUCACUUUAUGAUCUUAGCAUUGAAUAGAACAAAACUUUGUAACUAAAAAAACCUUAAAACUCUAGGCAGUUAUUUUUUUUUUUCUACUUCAUUCAAGCCAGGAGAUACCAAAUAAGAUCCAAAACAAUUGCUAAAUUUCUUUCAAACAGUAGUUGGAGCGAAGUGUAAGGAUCCACAAAAUUAGUUUUAAUAACUGAAUAUUAACUGAUUCGCAUGGGUAGACCAAAUCUUUACAACUGUUUGUCAAAUUUUAUCUUCCAAGAUUUAAACCUUUUCUUGCAAGAAGGGAUAUGUUACUGGAUUUUAGACCAGCAAAAGCCUUACCAGUUUCAUAGAGGAAAAGGUUGAAAUCUGCAAAAGAAUCCUGAAGGGGUGUUUCCUAAAAUUCAAGCUGCUAUACUGCAAAUUCUUCCUGCCCUUAGGUCCAAAGUAGACACAGGCAGCUGUGAGACCAAAUUCCUAGUGAAGAUGGAUGAAUAUUAGAAGAGCUUCCAAACUGGGGGUUCAAAUAGAAUUGCAUUAAUAUUUCUUUAGUAAAGAAAUACUUGUUCAGCAAAAUUGAUUAGCUGUAGGUCCUUCGACACACAUAAUCCUGGGGAAGAGAGGGACAACUCAUCAGUACUGAUGUUGCUACUAGAAUCAGCAUCUGUGUGCCUCUAACUCUUUUUCAGCCAGGAAAAGUGAGGUUUAUAUUCUUUAAAUUGUGCCUCAGAACCUUUGAACAGUUGACUGCUAAGCAAUGAAAUUUGAAAAGAAACUGAUUGGUGCCUUAAGGGCAGCAGAGGUUUUUGAGAUGAGUGGUACCCUAAGUGUUGAGCUACCCAGCACGUGUUGUCUGACCACAGUUAGCUGCAUGAUGAUUCAGUUCUAGCUGGAAGCUCCCCCGAAACAGGAAGGUGGGGGAUCGUGAUGAAGCAACCAGAUGAGAACGUUGUAGGGACAUGGGAAGGAACUGCAUUUUAGUGUUGUGUAGGGGUCCUGAGGGACAGAGAGCGGAAGCUGAGGUGACCUACAAUUAGACAUGUACAGGGAAGACUGAAUGCAAAUCUGUAGGAGAAAACAUGUUUUCAGUUGUACCACUCAGACUGUGCAGGAAGUUUUGUACGGCAGCUGAAAAUCUGCCAUUGCUGAACACUUGGACAGAUGAAAGCACAAAGCUAAAUGAGAUGUCUCAUAAGAAAACUAGAAGUUACAUGCUUAGAAAAUACUUCUCUGCUAGUUUAACAGUUUCGUAGUCUUGUUACUUCAUUGUGCUAGAAUGUGCAUACAUAAUUCUUUGUGAAAAAGCAAGUUCCAGACUUUACAACUUCUAACGUAAGGUCUUGAUUUGUUAAAAUUUACUGUUGGCAGUUGAGUUCAUUUAUGUAGUUGUAUAAUCUUUGUUCUGUCAUACCCAAAAUUACUUCCUUACAGAAACUUCAUCUGCUUUGUUUUUGCAUUCACCUUUAUAUUUAACCAAAGAGAUUUUAGGGUUUUUUAUUAUUUAUGGUAUUUCUAUCAACUGAUCUGCUGAAUUAUUUUCAGAUUGACAUUAAACAUUAACAGUGCCUUGAAGGAAGACAUUUGUUUAAUGUAGUUAAUUUUGUUUUUCUCUUUCACAAUAUGUCUGUUAAAAGUUUUCCUCUGAAACUUGACAGCAAAAUCUGUUUGUCUAGUAAAAGACUACUAAGCCUAAUGCUUUUUUCACGCUUGCCUUAUUUUAAUUCUGAUUUUAUUCUGUGCUCACACAACUGUUCCAAUUUAUUACUUAAGCAAAUGGAAAUACCUUCUGUUUGUUUGAUUUGUCACAUAAUGAGGAUGGUAGUUAUGAAUAGUGUGAAUUGAUAUGUGUACUUAGAAAUAAUUUCAAUAAAUUUAAUCAUAAAGUGGUUGUGAUCUUA